GUUGGGUGAGCGGAUUUCCUGUUUUAUCGCCUAAGUAGGUCAAAUCUCUAGGUCAAGCUGUGUAUGUGUGUGUGCAUGGUGAACCGACUUAUUCAUUGGCCGCAAGCGCAGGGUUAAGAAGGUUAUACAAGAAUUCAUGAAUAAUUAAUCCGCACGUGUGUUCCAAAUACUUGCCCUGUGUUCAUCUUGCAUGUGGAUUGCCCAUUAGAAGUGGUUGUGCGUGGGUUUAUAUCUGCAGGGCAUCUUGGUGGAAAAAGUCCAAACAGAAGGUAGGCGAAUGCUUAUAAUAUGCCCAAAAGACCUAUCAGGACAUUCACUUAUGUGAUUUCGUCAGAAUUUAUAUCCAAAUGGAUAUUCGAACCACAUGCCUUUCAUAGCGGCAUGCACGUAGUGAUAUGUGUAUCUUUGAUGACGUCAUCUAAGACAGGGCCAGACUUAGCAGAUGUUCCUGGACCCGUUGAACUAUACAGUGAGUUUGACAUUAGAUAUGCUCAUAUGCUACACCAUGCACGGAGAUAUCUGAGUUUACAGGAAAUAGAGCCUAACGUAUGGUUGGCCUGCGUGAGGCAAAAAUGCCCGGAUAUGACCACACAUUUAAGUCCAGGAUAAUGAAUGCCAGUUUACAUUACCCGCAUACACUGUGCCGAAGGGACUGUCCCUAAUAUUAAAAGCAGAACUGCAGAUUCAGUACCGGUCUCAGUAUACAAAUACUGAAUGUUCGUUUGCGCUGUAGUGACCUGUAGUAACCUGUGGUCUGCGCACUUGGCCCGUUUGCGCAGUAUUACACGUUUAUUAAAGACUUAUGUGGCCUUACAUGGAGUUCUGUGGGGUUCUGGUCUUACAUGAAGCUCUAUGGGGAUCUUGUGCGGUCUUACAUGAAGGUCUAUGGGAUUCUUGCGUUGGCCACUAUGACGUGUGUCAAAUUUCCUAUAAUGUUGACCACUUACACCAACACCUCUGUCGCCUGCCAUCGUUCAUCGCUUCGUGCCAUCGUCCUAUGUGAUAAUGUCGUAAAAUGCUAGGGGCCCUUUUUUAUUAUUAUUAAUCGAGAAUAAAUAGGCUUCUAUAUCGUAUUGUGUCGUAAGUGUGUUUGUUAUGGUGAAUGAGAGAGCACUCAGAUUUUUAAUGGUGUAAGCAUUGCGAAAUCUCAAUUGACUAUGUUGUAAGGGACACUCCCAGCGUUCAAUACAACUCUUCACACCAAAUGUUGCUACAUCUUCGUUCUCUCCCCUCUCCCCAAUGUAUCCUAGUGUACACCUACGUGUGUAGAAAAGGUCAGCGUUUUGCCGUCCACCAGAAGAUUGCAGAAAAGGUCAGCGUUUUGCCGUCCACCAGAAGAUUGCAGAAAAGAACGAUGGGAGACUUACCCAAAGAAAAGCGACUACUUAUCAUCGACACUGAUGCUGGAGUAGAUGACGCCCAAGCCAUCGUCAUGGCGAUAGGUCGUCCGGAUGUGCACGUUGUAGCCAUCACAACCGUUCAGGGAAAUGUCUCCACGAAGCAAGUGUCAAAAAACGUCCUACGGCUUCUGCGACUUGCGAACAGGAAAGAUAUUCCAGUCUAUCAGGGAUGCGAGGUGUCAGUGAUCGGUGCACAGCGAAGCGCCACGUAUUUCCAUGGCACCGACGGCUUCGGGGACAUUCCGGACACCACCGAACACGAAAACGGCGAGAUCCAAUCAGAGCACGGCGUCUUGGCAAUGAUUCGGCUCGUGAAGGAAAAUCCAGGAAAACUUUCCCUGGUUGCUAUUGGCCCUUUGACAAAUGUUGCUUUGGCGAUAAGGUUAUAUCCGGAGUUCGGAUCACAGUUGAAGGAUUGCUUCGUCAUGGGAGGAAACUAUCAUGGCAUCGGUAACUCUUCCAUCAGCGCCGAGUUCAACUUCUACAACGACCCAGAAGCCGCUCAUAUUGUUCUGUCUGAACUGAAAUGUACACGUCCUAUAACUCUUGUGUGCUGGGAGGUAUGUCUGGACUUCAGCUUGACCUGGGAACAAUAUGAGCAAUGGUUGCCAGAGACUGGAAGAGUCUCGCGAUUUCUCAAACAAGCCGAGACAUUCUGCGUGGACUUUCUGCGCAAGAAUGGUUAUCAGUUUAUCGUAUGUGAUGAAGUAGCAGUGGCAGCUUCUUUCGAUUCUUCCGUGAUAAGAGAGGCAACUCCUGCCGUCGCUCACGUAGAAAUGGCGGGUUCCAGAACCAGAGGUCAAAUGGUGGUGGACUGGAAAUCAAAAGACCCACCGAACGUUUUGCUGAUUAGGAAGUUCGACUUAGAAAAACUUUCACAGAUCUUCCGUGACGCUUUGAGGGAGUUGGAAAAGGAUACGUGAUUCAAUAUGGCGGUUGAUUUGUGACGUGAAUGAACUGAUUGCCCAAUAGGACUUAGGCCUAUGAAGUAGUUCAUUGAUAAUGUGCUCCCAUCAUAGAAAUGGUUCCAUUCUAUACAGCUUUCUUUGAGAUAACUUCGUCAUCUCAUUUUCCCAGAUUAGUAUAGUUCCAGGGAAAUGUCAAGUCCUUUGCCCGGUAAUUCCCAAGUGGGUGUGAAAUCCAAUAGAUUUGAUUGGUCAAGACGUAAAGCCAGCUUAUCUAAUGAAUUAGUCGCUUUAUUUUUUUACGUCAUUGUUGAUUUACUUUGCUGUAUAACAUGUUAAACUAAGUUUUCGUGGAUUGAUCAGAUAUGAACCAAAGUAAAGCUGUCUGUAAAGGACUUUUAUUUUAUACCACCACAGACGUGUGGGGAGUCUUGUUACGAUGGACAGGGAUAUAACCCGAACCUAUUCCAUAUCU